UCUGUAUCUGUUUCCCACAAACACACAUACACACACACACACAACAACAACAACUGAAUUUUCUUCUAUUGUUUUCUGAAUUGGGUUCUAAUUUAAGCUUUUUCAACUUUGGCUUGUAUAUUGUACAAUAAAUUUGACAAAACGAGUCACAGGUUCUUUAUUAGCAAUUCAUGGGAGCGGGGAAGUGGGGGUUUAAGGGAACUUAUCAUAACUUCCCUUUUUUUAAAAUUAUUUUUACAGUGAACGUUCAAUUUGAAUAGUGCUUUUAAGGAAGAACACAUAAUUAUUUUAGAGUAAACAUUCAAUUAUCAUAACAUGUCUUAAAUUUCAAGUUACUUAUGAUGUUUACCAAUUGUAUAUAUAAGUUAAACUCCUUUGUUUGUGCUCUUGGUUUUGAAGUAUGUUUUAUCUGUUUGCAAAAGAAACUCAAUUGAUGAGAAUCAAUAUUUUCUAUGAGUGAAAUUAUUACUGCUGCAAAUUGGGUUUGCCAUGGGAGGUAUAUCCUAUCUUGAUUAGGGAGUAGUCAAGAAAAGACUAGAUUGGAAUUAGUUUUUAUAGGUAAAGAGUGUCUUUAGUUGGAAAUAGCAGUUAAGAAGGAUCUUUAAGCAUUUAAAAUAUCAUAUGAUGGAUCAUGAUUAAGUCAUGCUUUUCUUCUUACAUGAUUACUGCUUCCCAUGGAGGAGCAAUAUUGUUUUCCGGGAAAAACGGUACAGUUGAAUUUGUAAUGAGGUCAAGGACACGCAUAUUGAUUUUAACUCAGUUAAGUUUGGUUAUUACAAGUUAAAUAUGUUUGCUAAGAAUUAAAUGGAAGUUGUAAGGGAAGUAAAUAGAGUCGUAUGAAGCAAUAGAGCCCCGAUGAGAUGAGUUUGCACUGGAUCCUAUCGAGGUUAGGGUGUUCCUGAUAUUGGAUCCAGAUACGUUUAUGUAUAGUAAUGCUUGAGAACUUAGACUUGGGAGAAUAUAGAAGGCUUGGAGCACAAGAAAAUCAAUGUAUUGCUUUUGUAUUAUUCAGUGGCCAACCCCUUACAAUUAUGUUAAAACUACUAUUUAUAGGUAACAAAGGUAAUACAUCAACUAAUAGAAAUCUCCACACGAUCCCUAAAGUACUAUACCCAAUGACCGAUUCCAUGUGGAAAUAUCGUUAGCUGUGCCAACUAAUAUCCCUCUGUUGUUGUCAGGAUAACGUACAAACAUUUCUGGUGUUAUCUGUCCUUUUUCCAUGUCAUCGGGACACGAGUGCUUCUCUAUCUAUGGGCCACGAGUUCCCUUCAUUUUCCCGAUGAUGAUCAUUUUGUGUUCUCGGUAACAAGUCGAGGUUUGAGCUUCACCGAACACAUCUCUGAACCAACCAUUCCAUUAAAAAGCCUUCGUGAACAUCCUUCUUACAUCACAUUUGCCAUGUGUUCGCCCCUCGUCCUGCCACGCACAAGCUAUUCUUUUACCCAACACAAAUAUGUGUCGUAGUUUAAUUAUCAGGCAUUAGGAUCGGUUCAGUGUACCAAACUGGAAAAUUUUUGGUGACAUAUGGAGCCAGGGGCGGAUCUACCGAUACGGUUAUGGGUUCAGCAUAACCCGGUAACUUUAGCCCAGACCUUGUGUUUGUGCUAAAAAAUAUACUUGAUAUGUAUAAAUAAUCUGCCCAUAACUCAAUAAGAAAAAAAGGGUGUAUUAAAAAGAGAGAAUUGAAGAGACUAUACAAGAUAUAUUAAUCAUGAGAUCUUCUUCUCAUAUUCUUAUUGUUAAAUUGCAUUAAUAAUUUAAAAUGCUUAUGAGCUGUCUGUAGCUUUCGACAGCGGACUCUAUGACAAAGCAUUGACGGCUCAAAAUUCAUGUGUGCACUCUAUUCUCCCCCUUUAAUGUUGCGGUCUGUGGUUCAAACGCAAUAUUCACCGUCGUUAUCUACUUUUUAUUAUUAUUAUCAUUAUUAAACUUAUUUCAACAUUGAAUCAUGUAAUUUAGCAGAAAAUUGUUUCCAUUUUCUUUUAUAAUACUGAACGUGUGUAUGGAAAAUGAUAUUGUGCUGCCAUUUUACUUUGUCAUGUUCAGUGAUGCAUGUCUUCUUAAAUUAGACUAGAAUAUAUAAUGUUCUGUGGAUAGGGCACAUAAAGUGGGCAAUUUUUGGAAAAUGCGGGACAUCUGUUUUUUGAGUAAGAAUUUAAGUAUUCUACUAUUUUAAGUGGACAAUGUGUUGCUAAUGCUUUAAAAGGUUAGGUGGGCAAGUAAUGUUAAAUUCUUCCUGAAUUGAAAAAUUUGUUGCUAUUGCCUUGAUGUGAAUAUCCAAUAUUUACUUGCAAGAACAAGAAAAAUAAUUGAUGAAGCUUUGGUUGUAAGAAAUAAAAUACUAUGGUUAGAGUGGCUCUUUAUGAUACAAAUAAGUGGGAGAAAGUUCAAAAUUCCUAUCUGAGAUUUGCUUCUGACUGGAGCAGUUAGCAGAAAUGUUCUUUCUACUUUUGUUUCUUGAUGUAGAGGAUAAUUGGAAAUGCUUCAUACAUAUCAAGGUGUUCCUUUUUUGUGUGUGAGAUAAACAAGGAAGACUAUUCAAUUGACAAAAGAAAGUAUUCACAUCAAGAAAUAAAUUUAGAAAAGAUGUUUGCCGGUCAAUGUUAUGUGCAGGAUCAACUUUUUGUUUUUGCUGUGGUACAUCUAGCUUUUAAUUGAGUACUUGAUCUUCUGAAGUAAUCAAAUAAACGUGUACACUUGACUAUUGAAUCGACACCUAAUGGGGGCCGGGGAAGAGAGCACCCCUGCGAAGCCUUCGAAAGCUACUUCAACUCAGGAGACACAAGCUACCCCUUCAUAUCCUGAUUGGUCUUCUAUGCAGGCUUAUUAUGGUGCUGGAGCUACACCUCCCUUCUUUCCUUCAACUGUUGCUUCUCCCACUCCCCAUCCAUACAUGUGGGGAGGCCAGCAUCCGCUUAUGCCUCCUUAUGGAGCUCCAGUCCCAUAUCCUGCUUUAUAUCCUCCUGCUGGAGUUUAUGCUCAUCCUAAUAUGUCCAUGACUCCAAAUACACUGCAGACAAAUCCAGAAUCAGAUAGUAAGGCACCGGAUGGUAAGGACCAGAGUACAGGCAAAAAAUUGAAGAGAUGUUCAGGUGGCAAGGCAGGAGAAAGUGGGAAAGCGGCUUCAGGUUCUGGAAAUGAUGGUGGUGCCACAAGAAGUGCUGAAAGCGGAAGUGAAGGUUCAUCAGACGAAAAUGAUGAAAAUGAUAACCAUGAAUUUUCUGCAGACAAGAAUAGAAGCUUUGAUCUAAUGCUUGCUAAUGGAGCCAAUCCUCAGAACAAUCCUGCAACAGGGAAUCCAGUUGCCAUGCCCACAACUAAUCUGAAUAUUGGAAUGGAUUUGUGGAAUGCACCAUCUGCCGGUUCCGGAAUGAUCAAAAUGCGAUCAAAUCAAUCUGGUGUCUCGCCAGCUCCUGGGAUGGGACGUGAAUGGAUUCAGGAUGAACGUGAACUCAAAAGGCAAAAGAGAAAGCAAUCUAAUCGAGAAUCAGCUAGGAGGUCAAGAUUGCGCAAGCAGGCUGAGUGUGAAGAGCUACAACUUAAGGUAGAGACAUUGAGCAAUGAGAAUCAUGGACUCAAAGAGGAGUUGCGAAAGAUCUCUGAGGAAUGUGAGAAGCUUAGCUCGGAGAAUAAUUCGAUAAAGGGUCUGAGGAAGGGCCCGACCACAAGGGUCUAUUGUACGCAGCCUUACCUUGCAUUUCUGCCGAGGUUGUUUCCAAGGCUUGAACCCGUGACCUCUUGGUCACAUGGCAACAACUUUACCAGAUGAGUUGACGAGGUUGUGUGGGCCAGAGGCUGUGUCCAAGCUAGAGAGUAAUGCCAAUGCCAUGCGUCUUCAGUCCAAUGUUGACGAAGCUAAGAGCUAAGGACAAGCC